UUCUUGCAUAUAAAACCAAAAGGAGCGUUACGUAUGAUUUUAGUUUUUAAGUUACAAGCAGGAAGUCUAACCGCGUAUACAACAGUGAAGAAUUAACGUGAUCUGGUUAAGCAAGUUUUCGUAUUACACUUUUGGAUUAUUUUUAAACUUAAUUGAUCGCAAUGAAUUCCUGCAUUAAAAUCACAAUACUGGCCGUUUGUGUGUCAAUGGUUAAAGCUGGUCAGCUUAUCUCAGCGUAUAACCUUAUUAGUCCGCAAGUGGUGUACCCUCAAGCUCAGACUUACUCGAUUGGUGUUGUUCAUCCGCAGUAUUUUUCCAGUUUAAAGCCACAAGAACAAGUUUUGGCACAUCCUACAGCCCUCGCCACUUCCUUAGAAGAGUCUACAGUGCCCCACAGCCUGAAAAAGUCUGAUAAUUUCUACAAUAACCCGUACAUUGCAAGAUCCUUGGCAUCAGAAUCAUUAACCUUUAAUAAAGAACAAGUUGUUUACGACAGGGCUUCAGAACACAUUGAAAGGGGACAAAUCGUUAAGCUUAUUAACAAUUUAAAUAGGGCCCAUUAUGAAUAGCUUUAAGAUUUAAUGUAAUUUAAGAUAUGUUGUAUGUAAAUUGCCAUAUUGUAUAUAUUAUCGCAUUAAUUUUCAUUAAAUACUACAUGUGAAAAUUCGUAUUUUGUUAUGAUUUUGUAAUAUAAUUUUUUUGUUAAAGUUA